AUGGGCAGUUGUUGCUCUUCGUCGGCCAAAAAGGCGAAGAACAAGCCGGUUCGGCACGCGCCGCGGCGUUCGGAGCUGUCGCAAUGGAUGCAGAGUCCCCGGUCCGCCCGGCCGACACUAAAAUCCCGGAAAACCUCGGUCAGACUGGUUCUGGAAGACACGCCAGACUUUAUCCGCAGGAUUAUCGAUGACACGUUUCAAGAAGAGGAUGUAGUUUUUAAUAUGGAGAACGAACAAACUACAGUACAUCCAAAAGACCCCAGCCGUGACGCGAUUCUGCAGGACGACGCUCCUGACCCAGUACUGGCAUCAACAACUUCUAAGGAUGUUGUUGAACAACAAACUAGUGUCGAGCGAACUGCAGGGGCCACGACUAACUCCUUAGGGCCGAAAAUAAAGUUCGUCGACGGGGCAGGAGGUCAAGAACCACGGCAGCAAGUCGAGGUAGAAAUCGAGGUGCCCACGCCCUUUGACAAAAUCGAGAAGCUGUUGGAACCGGAGCUGUUGUCGAAACACGAGGUGCGGGACUGGCUGCUCUCCGGCGGGGGCACGAAGAAUCCCUACACCUGCCCGCAGUCAAAGAAGCACCGCGACCACUUUGUGGACAUCGUGAGAACCCUUCUGCAGGACGAGUUCGAGGAAAUCCGGGAGAUGAGCGAGUGUCUACGGGUCCCAGAAGCGCAUUUUCGGUACUUGCGGGUGGAGAGGUUUUUCACAGAAACCCUGCCCGACCGCAACAUCGUGCGGUUCGCAACCACGGUGGAGGUUCAUGACGAAGAAGUGGACGGUUCGCCCAUCGCGGGAGCAGCUGCCGAGGGCGAAGCCGCUAGUCCGGCUGUGAUCACGGAGGAAGGCGAAGGGAUGAAACAAGACGGCAAUAACAAAGCACAACUUCCGGGGUUGGAAAUUUCUGACAGAAACCGACAACCCUCCGCGGCACUCGCCUCCGAGCCCUCGGCGUUCUACCGGCCCACCGGGGAGGUAGGAGCAGGAGUUAGGGCCGAGGACGUGAAAAUUAGCGGCAUUGAUGCAACAACCCAAGAUGAAAACUACAUAGACCCGCAGUUUCUUGGACAGCUGGACGAGGGCAUAUCAAAUGCAAAAAUGUCUGGGUCCGGGAGGAUGGAACUUGUGAUGCGUCCGGUGGGUCACACAAAAAUCUGCGUUGCGUGAUCACCAAAAGUUCUCCUUUUUCGACCAAGAUGCGCGGGAGUUUCUCACGCAGGAGAGGCAGGAUAGAGACUUCGCAGAAUCUGUCAUGCUAGGUCCUCCGUUCCAGACCUCAUGGGGCAUGGAAAAUAUGCGUGGCAAGUUUGUAUAAUUCUUCCAGACUCAGACUACACUUUUGCAUUUGAUAGGGCAGUUUGUUUCGCAACUUGAUCUUUCUCCGCAUCCAGGAGGUGUGGAAAACCGAGGCGGAGCAGGACAAGCGGAAUAAAGUUUUGGUAGAGGCCAUGAAGGUGUCGGUCGAAAAGUUGAAGAGCGGGCUCACGGGGCCCGGCGGGCUCGCGACGGAGGUGCGAACGAAGGACUACGUGCCGUACACCACAGAGAUUAUCGAUCCAGUGUACGGGUUGAGUAUUCCCAUGGACAUACGGAUAAAUUACGAAGGCGAGUCAGUAUCGGCGUAUUUUGAGGUAUAUUAA